CAGUGAGAUAGUAUUCAUUAUCACCACCAAACCACCCAAAACAAUUUAUCUGUUAUAGCGCAAGCACAGAAACCUCGGCCAUGGCGAUCACAAGAAUGAUAGACAUAGCCGUGAACUUCACAGGUCAGUCAAUUCAACUUUCACUUUCUUUCUUGCUCAAGCCUGUUUCCCAAUCAUGUCUUUUGGAAGUGUUUUCCUUGUCAUUCUUUUCGGAUUUUGCAAAUAAAACCCAUUUCAGAUAACAUGUUUAGAGGAAUUUACAAUGGCAAGCAAUGCCACUUACCCGACAUCGCGGCAGUACUUAGUAGGGCUUGGAGUGCCGGCGUAGAUCGAAUCAUCGUCACUGGUGGAUCACUUGAGGAGUCAAAAGCAGCUCUUACUAUUGCGGAAACAGAUGCAAGGCUUUUCUGUACAGUUGGUGUGCACCCGACAAGAUGCAACGAAUUUGAUGAGAGUGGAGAUCCAGAAAUACAUUUGCAGGCGCUCUUGUCGUUGGCUAAAGAAGGAAUUGAGAAAGGAAAGGUAGUGGCAAUUGGUGAAUGUGGAUUGGAUUACGACCGUCUUCACUUUUGCCCAGCUGAUAUUCAAAAGAAGUACUUUGAAAAGCAUUUUGAUUUAGCAUAUGCCAUGAAGCUGCCGAUGUUUCUCCACAUGCGAGCAGCUGCUGGGGAUUUCUGUGACAUACUUGAGCGAAAUAAGAAUAGGUUCUGUGGUGGGGUUGCCCACUCAUUUACUGGUAGUGCAGAAGAUUGCGAUAGAUUACUCUCAUUCAGUGAUCUUUUUAUAGGUGUAAAUGGUUGUUCUCUGAAGACUACUGAAAAUCUUGAUGUUGUGAAGGGUAUUCCUGUGGAUAGAAUGAUGAUUGAGACUGAUUCUCCAUAUUGUGAAAUCAAGAGCACUCAUGCUGGGGUUAAGUUUGUAAAAUCUACAUGGCCUUCUAAGAAGAAAGAGAAGUAUGAUCAAGAGUGUAUUGUCAAAGGUCGUAAUGAGCCUUGUUUAGUGCGGCAAGUUCUUGAGGUGGUCGCCAGUUGUAAAGGAAUUGCCGACAUAGAACUGAGCAAAACCUUAUACCACAACACCUGCAGGGUUUUCUUUCCUCAGGACUUGGACUCAGCAGCAGAUGCUCUUCUUGCUGGUGGUCACAAUGCAGUGUAAAAUACUUUCACAUUCACAUGACUUCUCCGGAAACAGUUUUUGUUCAUUGAACAUGUCCCUUAAGGACAAGGGUGGUUAACCCGUGUGAAAAGGCAUAAAGCCUAAGACUUCUGAGUUACCAAAAGACGGGCUCAAUCAACUACUGGAUCACAUCUACGGUAGGGGUUGAAGUGACAGAAAAGUGAUCAACUGAGAGAUGGGAGAGUUUGCUGCAUAUUGCAAUUAUCAAAAUGAUUUUCCAUUUUGUUAACACAAAGCCAUAAUUUUUUUUAUCAUUUGUAGAAGCCGGUGGUGAUGAAGCUUUUAAAAAGUGGAAAAUCAGAGCAUGUGGUAAAAAUGUUAAAUUACCAUCAAUGCGUCUAUAAAUCAUCAGUUUGACUGGUGAAACUGCCUUCGUAAAAUUCAACAUCUAGAUAGACUGAAAAAAUUCUCUAUUUUCUACAUGGAAUUUCACUAAAAUUGCAUUUUCCCUCCUGUAUUUGUAGUUGGAAUCAAGAUCUCAAAGUUAUUAACCUUUAUGGG